AUGUUUCAUCAAUUAUCUACAUCUGUUAUCGACGGUCAAAUAAGCAAACCUAUCUAUGAAUUAUCAUUAAUAUUAUCAAAUGAGCAAUAUGUAAUGCAAUCAAUGAAUAAUACACAAAAAUCAUUUCCUUCGAUCACUUGUAUUCAUCAUGAGUUUGUUCAUCAAGUCAUGCAACAUCCACAGAAAAUAGCUGUUGAAUUCGAUGAUCAAUCUCUUACAUACACUGAACUGUUACAUUAUGCACAAGUUUUAUCUUCUCAUCUUAUUAUUGGUAUAAUGGCUAUUGAAAUGAGUGGAAGUGUAUAUUGCCCAUUGUCACCUAGAGAUCCACCAAAUCGUUUGCAUACACUUAUAGAACAAACUCAAAGCCGUCUUGUUCUUAUUCAUUGGUUGACAAGAGCGAAAUUUGAUGAUAACGAUAUUGUUUUGAUUGAUAUUCAUUCGAUAUUAGCUAAUCAUGACUCAAAGAGUAAUGUUGAUAUUAAUCGUCUAUCCGAUGUCAGAGUGACACCUAAUGAUAUUGCUUAUAUCAUUUUCACCAGUGGUUCAACUGGCAUACCCAAAGCAGUAUGUGUAUUAAGUCUAAGUAGUAUAGAACAAUGCUAUAUUCUAUUUGGUUCAAUAAUUUUAGGUUCAAUUGCGCCAUCGUAA